CCGCGCGCUCUCGCCGCCGUCGCCGGGGCCGGAGCGGGGAGCCCGAGCGGAGAGCCGGGCCCGGUGGGUGCGGUGCCCCAUGGAGACCCCGCGCGCGCCCGCUCUGCGCCGCCUGCUGCCGCCUCUGCUGCUCCUGCUGCUGCCACUGCCCCCCAGCGCCCGGGCCAAGUACGUGCGGGGCAACCUCAGCUCCAAGGAGGACUGGGUGUUCUUGACAAGGUUCUGCUUCCUCUCGGACUAUGGCCGGUUGGACUUUCGCUUCCAGUACCCAGAGGCUAAGUGUUGCCAGAACAUCCUCCUCUAUUUCGACGACCCGUCGCAGUGGCCGGCGGUGUACAAAGCAGGGGCCAAGGACUGCCUGGCCAAGGAGUCGGUGAUCAGGCCCGAGAACAACCAGGUUAUCAACCUCACCACCCAGUAUGCCUGGUCCGGCUGUCAGGUGGUGUCAAGAGAGGGAACUCGCUACCUGAGCUGCUCCAGUGGCCGAAGCUUCCGCUCGGUGCGGGAACGAUGGUGGUACAUUGCGCUCAGCAAGUGUGGGGGAGAUGGACUGCAGCUGGAGUACGAGAUGGUGCUCACCAACGGCAAGUCCUUCUGGACUCGGCACUUUUCUGCCGAUGAGUUUGGGAUCCUGGAGACAGAUGUGACUUUCCUUCUCAUCUUCAUCCUCAUCUUCAUCCUCUCCUGUUACUUUGGAUACUUGCUCAAAGGCCGCCAGCUGCUCCACACCACUUACAAGAUGUUCAUGGCUGCGGCGGGAGUGGAGGUCCUGAGCCUCCUGUUUUUCUGCAUCUACUGGGGGCAGUACGCCACUGAUGGUGUCGGCAACAAGAGCCUGCAGAUCCUGGCCAAGCUGCUCUUCUCCUCCAGCUCCCUGAUCUUCCUGCUGAUGCUCAUCCUCCUGGGGAAGGGAUUCACGGUGACACGGGGCCGCAUCAGCCACGCGGGCUCGGUGAAGCUGUCGGUCUACAUGACCUUGUACACCCUCACCCACGUGGUGCUGCUCAUCUACGAGGCCGAGUUCUUCGACCCAGGACAAGUGCUGUACACGUAUGAGUCACCUGCAGGCUACGGGCUCAUUGGGCUGCAGGUGGCGGCCUAUGUGUGGUUCUGCUACGCGGUGCUCGUCUCCCUGCGCCACUUCCCGGAGAAGCAGCCUUUCUAUGUGCCGUUCUUCGCAGCCUACACGCUCUGGUUCUUUGCAGUUCCCAUCAUGGCCCUGAUCGCCAAUUUCGGGAUCCCCAAGUGGGCCCGGGAGAAGAUUGUUAACGGCAUCCAGCUGGGGAUCCAUUUGUAUGCCCAUGGCGUGUUCCUGAUCAUGACGCGCCCGUCGGCGGCCAACAAGAACUUCCCGUACCAUGUGCGCACGUCGCAGAUCGCCUCGGCGGGGACCCCGGGCCCCCCGGGGAGCCAGUCGGCGGCCGACAAGGCCUUCCCGCAGCACGUCUACGGCAACGUGACCUUCAUCAGCGACUCGGUGCCCAACUUCACGGAGCUCUUCUCCAUCCCCCCGCCCGCCUCCUCCCCCCUGCCCCGAACGGCGCCGGAUUCCGGUCUCCCGCUGUUCCGUGACCUCCGGCCCCCCGGCCCCCUCCGAGACCUCUGACCCCCGCGGGACACCCCGGAACACCAGCGACGACCGUCGGGGACCUUGCCCGCGACCCUCCUCCAGGACUCCGCGAUCCCGAGCGAGCCACUGCUGCGCCCCCGGGACAGACACUGGGAAGCUGGUCCUGAGACGUCUUAGAGCUCAGUGAUCUCGGACCCGUGCUCUCGUCCACCCCUGCCUAUCGAUCUCCAGGCCUGGGGCCUGCCCUCUGGUUCCUGGCAGAAAGACUUUUCCCCCCUUCCUUCUGGCCAAAAUAAA